AUGUCGUUAACACCCGAAGCGUUGAUGGCAUUGUCGACCGCCUUCACGGAAGCGAUUCGAGAAGCAACACGAAUGGCCGCGGAAUCGACAACGGGGACCACAACCUCCACGCACUUAAAGCCACCAUCGUUUAAAAUAAGUGAAUAUCGAUCCUCUGAUGGGGCCACCGUCGAAGAUUAUUUUAAACGGUUCGAGUGGGCACUCAAAUUAAGUAAAAUCGCCGAAGAACAUUGGGCCAACUUCGCUCGCGUUCACAUGGGAACAGAGCUCAACCAGGCACUCAAAUUCUUGGUAAGCCUACGAUCACCUGAAGAUCUCACAUUUGAGCAAAUACGGGAUACCCUUAAGAACCAUAUAGAUCGCGCUAAAAAUAAAUUUGCGGAAAGCAUCCGAUUUCGGAAAAUCUGCCAACAAAAAGAUGAAACGGUAGCAAAUUUCGCUCUUCGUUUACGGCAAGGUGCAGUUCACUGCGAGUACGGAGAGUUUCUCGACAGAAUGCUAAUAGAACAAUUAUUGCAUGGGCUCGAAUCUAGUGACACGUGCGACGAAAUUAUAGCAAAGAACCCGGCAACUUUUGAUGCGGCAUUUGAUAUCGCACACACUCUUGAAGCAACUCGACUUACCGCUAAUGAGGUUAAAACUACGAUGACACCAGCUCCCGAAGCUACGCAUAAACUAGAUUAUACACAACCGAAAAAAAAGUACGGCAACAAACAAGGACGCCAGAGAUCAUCAUCACGCAAUCGACAGCAGCAAUACCAACACAAGCAGAAAGAUUUCUCAAAAAAGAAGCAGGACCAGCGAUGCCAAGGAUGUGGUAGAGACCAUCCACGGAGUCAAUGUCAAUUCCGAGAUGCCGAAUGUCAUAAUUGCGGUAUUAAGGGACACAUCGCUACAGUGUGUCGAUCCAAGAAGAAAGAAAAAUCCGAUCAAGUUUCUGACGCACUCGUACCAGCAGAUCACGUCGAUUCUAUUCAAUACUUCAACAAGGUCAAUGACAUCAACACUUCCAACCUAGCACGGAAACGAAUGAUCAAUGUCUCGAUCGAUGACCAUAAUUUAGAGAUGGAGCUGGAUACUGGAGCACCCUGCGGUAUCGUAAGUAAAAAAAUGUUACAUACCAUUAAGCCUACAUGUUUGUUGCAGAAAACUGAUAGACAGUUCGCCAGUUAUACGUCUCACAAAAUCAAUUGUAUUGGACGACUGCCAGUCAAUGUCACAAUUGGCCGAACUACCAAGAGGCUUAAUUUAUACGUGGUGGAUGGUAAUUUCGAUACGCUCAUGGGUCGAGAAUGGAUCUCACACUUCACCCACGAAAUAGAUUUCGCAAAACUAUUCUCAUCGCCAGACGGGAUUCACGCGGUGUCAACGGUACCGCCCUGUCUUACCGCAGAGCAAAAAGGUCAGCUAGAUCAACUCCUGAAUCGAUUUCAAGAUGUAUUCGACGACGUAGCAGGGAAGCUAUCGGGCCCGCCUGUCAAGAUACAUUUGAAACCAGAAGCGACACCAGUCUUCGCCAAAGCACGUGAAAUACCUUACGCACUCCGCGAUGCUUACGCGAGGGAAAUCGAUGCGAAAAUCAAGUCAGGACUCUACAAAAAAGUCGAUUAUUCAGAAUGGGCGUCGACUACGCACGUUGUAACGAAGAAAAAUGGCAAAAUCCGCAUCACGGGUAAUUACAAGCCAACACUUAAUCCGCGUAUCAUUAUAGAUAAACAUCCGAUCCCGAGGGCUGAGUCAAUAUUCAAUCAAAUGAGAGGCGCAACAACCUUUUGUCAUCUCGAUAUUACAGAUGCGUAUUCACAUCUUCCUGUGGAUGAGAAAUUCAGUCACGCGCUUACGCUUAACACACCAACACAUGGCUUAAUUCGACCGACACGCGCAGUGUACGGCGCCGCAAAUAUUCCAGCUAUCUGGCAACGACGGAUGGAGUCUGUCCUCCAAGAUCUUCCUAAAGUACGCAAUUUUUUCGAUAAUGUACUACUUUUCGCCGAUAACUUUGCCGAUCUAAUGAUAACCUUGGAAAAAAUGCUGGAAAGAAUGCGCUCUCAUGGUUUACGACUCAAUCGCACAAAAUGCGUCUUCGCAUCACCCUCUGUGGAAUUUCUAGGACAUAAGAUCGACGCUCAGGGCAUCCACAAAUCGGAUAAACACAUUGAGGCAAUCCGAGAUGCGCCGAAACCGUCAACGCAUGAAGAACUCCAAUUAUUUCUGGGGAAAGCCACAUACUACAAUGCAUACAUCCCGGAUCUCGACGAGAGACCGUCCGCUGCGAGAUAUACUUCGUCAGGAGACUUUCAAAUGGACGCCUGCUGCAGAAAAGGCAUUUAA